AUGGCCGUGCACGCUGCCCCCAGGGUCAAGCAAGAGGCAUGGGCGGAUGCCGGGACAGCAAACGGUGCAAUUGACGCUGGUGCUGGCUGGGACGCAACCCAGCUCCUCGUUAACAACCUUGGGAAGCCUUCUGCCUUAUUCGACUUUUUGAACCCUGAUGUGGUCAAGAUCGAUGAGAACACGGACCUGACCAACGAGGAAGCAAGUGCUAAAAUUGCCAAACUCACCGAGGACAUCAUGCCCAGGGUCAAGCGGGAGGCAGGCAUGGCUGGAUGCCAGGAAGACAAACGGCGCAAAUGA